AUUAAAUGUCACAAACAAAAAGAUUAUAUGCACAUAUCUCUCUGUAUGCAUAAAUCAUCUACUCCUUUGUUUUGUAUGAUAAGCAAAAAUGAAACACCACCGAACCCAAUAUGUGUCUGUCAAUCUCUGACAUUUGAAAACCCCUUUUCACCUAAACACCACCUCAUUCAAGAUUCCUGAAGAAAGGAUUUUUAAGAUGCUGGAGUUGAUCAAGAAACCAAGCAGAAAAAACAGGGGAAUUGUAGUCAAAAUGAGGUUUCUGCACAACAAAAAAUUUCAAUAUGAAAACACAACAAAACUGUUUUGUUGCAGAUAUUUCAAAUGGCUUCUUUGGUUUGCUCUAUCAUCUUAUUUCUUUGUUUCUUUUCUCAUAUCACAUACCCCUAAUCCCGUCAAGCCUGUUUCUUCUUCUUUCUCUAAAGCCUCCAUUUCUCGUGCUGUCAUUGAACCACAAAUACCGCAAAGCCAUCAAGGCUUAUUGAAUGGAAUGAAGGUGUUUGUGUAUGAUUUACCCUCAAAAUACAACAAUGCCUGGCUGUCAAACGAGAGGUGCAAAAAUCAUUUGUUUGCUUCAGAGGUGGCGAUACAUAAAGCAUUAUUAACCACCAGUAUUCGAACUCUUGAUCCAACACAAGCUGACUUUUUCUUCGUCCCGGUUUACGUGUCCUGUAACUUCAGCACCAUCAAUGGAUUUCCAGCAAUUGGUCAUGCCAGGUCGCUUUUAUCCUCAGCUGUGCACCUCAUUUCGACAGAGUAUCCGUUCUGGAAUCGUAGUCGAGGAUCAGAUCAUGUUUUUGUUGCGUCUCACGAUUAUGGAGCUUGUUUUCAUGCCAUGGAAGAUGUGGCUAUGACUCAUGGAAUUCCAGAGUUCAUGAGGAAUUCAAUAAUAUUGCAAACAUUUGGUGUGAAAUACAAACACCCUUGUCAACAAGUGCAACAUGUAGUUAUUCCCCCCUACAUUUCGCCUGUAAGCAUACAAUCAACGCUUCGAAAUUCGCCGAUCAAUAUCCACCGUGACAUCUUUGCCUUCUUCAGAGGAAAAAUGGAAGUUCAUCCCAAAAAUAUCAGUGGACGUUUCUACGGCAAGGGGGUACGGACGAAAAUAUUAAGAAAGUACGGUAAUGACAGGAGAUUUUACUUGAAGAGACAUAGAUUUGCCGGUUACCAGUUAGAGAUUCUACGCUCAAUCUUUUGUUUGUGCCCUCUCGGGUGGGCCCCAUGGAGUCCGAGACUAGUUGAGUCCGUCGCAUUGGGUUGCGUGCCGGUCAUUAUAGCAGAUGGUAUCCGGUUGCCCUUCUCCUCUGUGGUGAGAUGGCCCGAAAUAUCACUCACGGUGGCUGAGAAGGACGUAGGGAAGCUGGGGGAGAUUCUUGAAUAUGUGGCCCUGACUAACUUAUCAGUGAUCCAGAGCAAUUUAUGGGGCCCGGAGACAAAGCGGGCCCUUCUUUACAAUGUGCCGAUGGAAGAAGGAGAUGCUACGUGGCAGGUCCUCUCUGCCUUGUCUUCGAGACUAAGUAGGCCCCGCUAUAGUGUUUCAAGCGAAUAGAGAGGGGCCACGUUGGACGGAAUGAUGACAUGGAAGUGAGACCAAGUGAAUGCACAUUACUUGACUUUAGCUGUUGAGCUGCGAUUAAGAAUGUGGGUGGGGUAUUGUUGGAUGACAGGCAGUGAAAUGGGGCCCGCUUGGCCACGGAAGAUCGAUUCUUGGUCACUUGGGUGUUGGGUAGCUUGCGGUUGGCGAUGGCUCAUGGGUAUGGUUAUGGAGACUGCAGAUGUGAAGUUAUAUGAAAAAUAUAGAAAUUGAUUUAAAAUUGAAUUGAUGUUCAUUAGAGGAAAACUGAAUUGAUGUUGAAGAUUGAAUCGUAACUGAUUUUUAAAGAUUAUUUAGAGGCAGUAAUUCGAAUAUAUUUUAGAAAGAAUUUGAG